AUGGCCCCGGGAUCACCUUCGACACGACGACCCAGGACUAAACGGGUUUCAGCUCAGCACACGCGGGAACGGGUCCGCAACAAUCAGCGUCGGCAUCGUGCUCGCAGGAAGGACUAUAUUGCAACGCUGGAAGAAAAACUCGGCGAAGCAGAACAGACUAUUUCGACCCUUAGGGAUCAGAUCGAAGCUCUUCAAGCGACAUUAACACGAUACCGCCACUAUCAGAAUGAUCAAAAUAGGGCGAAUUCGUUUCUGUCAUCCAGUGUUGCCGCUGACACAGAAGAUUUCGGAGCUUGGAAACUACCCGCCCCGGCUUCCAGGAAGUCCCUAGUUUCUAAUGACCUACCUGGGCCGCAUCUGAAGGCCUCAUAUGAAUCCAUCACCAAACUUCCGCUGGCUGUAGGAUCUGCCUCAACCUUCAGCCCACGCGCUGCACCCGAGCUUACCUUCACAGCUGUAAGCUACCAGGCCGUUGCAGAGACCGGAAGUCUGCUACCAGAAACAGUAAUACCAGAUCAGGUAUUGACGUCAACGACGUCCUGUUGCUUCAGUGAUCCCUCGUCGGGUGCACAAUCGACCGUUAAUACGAUAAAUCGAAUGCCCCCACUUCCAUGUCAGGAGAUCCCUCUCCUAAUGCCCGCAUACGUGCUGGAAUCAGCGAUAGAAGCAAACUCUUACAGAGAGUCCACGAUGCUUUGCUCUGAGGCAUAUAUUCUCAUCGCACAACAGAACUUCAAGGGUAUAAGCCAAAGAGACGUGGCUACGUGGCUAUGGGAUGGCUUUCAUAGUUCACUUCCACAGGGUGAAGGAUGCCGCGUUAAUACGGACCUUCUAUUUAGUCUUCUGGCAUUCAUCAGCGAUACCUGA